ACCUUUUAUCCACAGCGUCACUUCAUUGCGUCGUCCAUCCAACUAAGUUCGGUCAGAAAUUUCCAGCGAACAAAACCAACAUUGUAAAUGUCUAGUUGUAGGUGGUGUCUCGUUAAUUCAACAUUCAAUCGCUUCUGAUGCAGUCACAACCAAUCACGCCAGACAUUAAAACUCAACACUCCAAUGACUUUGGCGCUGUCAACGCUAAUGGCCAACGCCUCGUCGACAAGCAGGACAAGUUCAUCCACUUCGUGAGCUUACACGAGGAACUUGGUCCGGCUGUCUCUCGUUUACCAGUCGAACUCUUAUCCGAAAUUUUCAUUCACACACUUGCACAAUUCGAUGAAUUAUUGCCCCCAUCAAAGCUACGAUCUCCUAUGCUGCUGACAAGGAUAUGCCGAAGGUGGAGGGAAGUUGCUGUAGGCACGCCAGGUUUAUGGUGCAGAUUGUUUAGUGGGUUUACAAGUACCCACCGCAUGCAGCAGGAAGCCUUCUGCUACGACACAUGGCUCAAGCGAUCGCAAGGACUUCCACUAUUGUUGGCAGUCACACGUUUCCCAGAUCUCUUGCUCUUGACUGGUCUUCUUGAGCCUUACAUGAAUCAAAUAUCGUCUCUUCAUAUCGUUUGCUAUUUCGUCACACGCAAACUUUUGUUAAACGACCUCCCAGCACUUCAAGUGCUUACCAUGGAUGGGUACAUCGAUUUCUAUAGAUUUAAGAGCAACACUAUCGCAGAAUCUAUCUUAAAGCACUCAUUCACCCUACGCAGUCUCAAAAUCAGUGCACAAGCAUUCUACUUCGUUGACGUCGACCCCUUCAAGAAUACCAGAUGGCCACACCUUACACAUGUCGAGAUCACUGUUCUCCACCAGAACAUAUUCCUCGCAUUACUACAGCAGGCUCCCAACCUCUCUUCAGCCAAAAUCAUGAUAUUUUCAAGCUAUAACAUGCCCCCUGGACCUACAUUACCGGCAGAGCCAUUCACGCACGAGAACCUUCAAUUCUUGGACAUUGAAUGUAAUACAUCGGUCACAUUACUCCCCGAUAUACUCAAUGCCUUGUCACUCUCCAAUUUACGCCACUUUAGAGCUGCCUUUGCAUGGACGCAGUGGCCUCACGAGGAGUUUGAAGCAUUUUUAGUACGGUCAGAGUGUCCUCUGGAGUACCUGGAAUUUGGUGAUGGAAAGAGGACAAUGCCAAAAUUAAUCGAGCGGAGAGCAGAAUAUUUUGCUCUCAUUCCUUCUCUUGUGGUGCAUUACACGAGGCCUUCAUGAUUUCUUGGACCGUGUCGCGAUUAGAGAAGUUGCAGCAGAUGAACAAAGCUCCGCGCAGAACAGUUCCAUAACUUCCCAUAUGCCUAGGGUAUCCAUUGUGCUAGCCCACCCUAACUACCUUUGCCUUUCCACACGACGAGAGACACGUAA